CGUCUAGUGGAAGUUGGAGCUUGGUGCAGCAACACACCUUGGCCCAAGUCUCCUGUGUAGUCCUCGAUUAGUGGAUGGAAGUACUCACUCCUGUCAAUGCUCGUAACCAGGAAGUAGUUUCAGUGUCUGUGUGCGGUGUUCAGGUUCAGUGGCUUAGAAAAGUAAGAAAAUAAUAUAAAACAAAUAAUAAGCGUAGUAGAGCUUAAAGCUGAAAAUAUAGAAGUGUUGUGACGUCUCCUUACUAUAUAUGUAUAUAUAGUAAGGCCAGGCGUCACCAUCUCGCCGUAAGAAAUCACGGGAGGUUUGACGCAGAUAACUCCUCCAGCAGUUGUGGUGUUCAAAAAAGGAGGAGCAGCAUGGCGUCCAUACGAAGUCUUGCAUUCUUCGUGUGGGUCUUUGUUCAGGUCCUUCUGGUAUCCGCCCAACGGAGAGAAGAGGUUGACUGUAUUACAUUCUUCAAUACGAGUGCGGGUGAAUCUACUGGUAUCAAUGAAAUCGUAACGGUAGACAUUGACGUGAGCGAGCAGGCUGCAGUGAGCAAAGAGCUCUAUACCAUGUUCUGGGACACGAAGAGUGUUGAAGCACCGACGAUAGGGGAUUCUGAAUUCACCAAAUACUUCAUUAUUGACGACACAGUCAGCGGUGCAUGGACGGUCUCUGUUAAAGCAAACCUGGCGGGCUUGCCGGACUACAAUCCCACCCAAGAAGGAGUAAUAAAGCAUCUAUUCCUCUUCAAAAAUCUUGGGACAAUUGGGCCAAGUGAAUGCCGAAUGACGCUAACCAAUAACAUCAUCGACGAGAACAACCAGCCUCCGGUGCCUAAUGUAAAAGACGACAGCCUAACUAUUGAUGAGGACUUCAUGGUUAACUACCCCAUCAACAAUUUCAAGAGCGUAGUGCAAGACACAGACGGCACCUCCCCAAAUAACCAGUUCACCGUGACGAUGACAAACCCUGAGUGUCCCCUGGAGACCACAAAACCCCCAUACACCUCGGGAGAAAACCCCACCGAAGUUUUCUACCAGCUCAAAAGAAAUCUAGACUACGACACUGAGCCUGGACCCAUCGUGUGUCAGGCGACAUUCCAGGAUCUCGGGACGCCUCCACAGUCAUCUAAGGGCACAAUCACCGUCAAUAUCAAGAACGUGGCAGACGAACCACCAGAAUUCAGUGAGAAAUAUUAUUACACUACAGUGGAUUCUAUAGAGGUGACAAAUAUAUCUCUGACAAUACAACCCUCCAGCAUCUUAGCAAUCGACAAGGACACUGGAAACCAAAACUCACCAGUCACAUACUCUAUGACUGAUGUACAGGCGGAUGUCCAGGGCACGACAUACUUUGGAAUAGACGAAACCACCGGCGAAGUGACUCUCGAAAAGGAUUUAGACACACCUUUCCUAGUUGACCACCAGCAAGUCACGUUCUUCCUCAAGGCCACUGAUACCAGCCAAGCAACAGAUAAUGCUCUCCUGGUGGUUACUCUGCCUGCACCGCCCACCACCACUACCUCCACCACCACUACCUCCACAACCACUACCUCUACUACAACUGGUACCACCUGUGAGCCGUGCAUUUGUUCAACUUAUACAACGGAAGAGAUCACAGAGUGUCCCACACAAGAACCCUGUACACCCUGCCCAAUUGAAACUACUACUGACUUCACUUGCCCAACUACACCCAGUGAAGGCACGUGUACUCCCUGCCCAACCGAAACCACAACAGAAUGCGUCUGUCCCACUACACCUUACCAAACUACACCCAGUGAAGGCACGUGUACCCCCUGUCCAACUGAGACCACCACACCUUGCCCAACUGAAACUACCACAGAAUGCGUCUGCCCCACCACACCUUGCCCAACCGAGACCACAACAGAAUGCAUCUGUCCCACAACACCUAAUCCAACUACACCCAGUGAAGGCACGUGUACUCCCUGUCCAACUGAGACCACCACACCUUGCCUAACUGAGACUACCACAGAAUGCGUCUGUCCCACAACACCUAACCCAACUACACCCAGUGAAGGCACGUGUACUCCCUGUCCGUCUGAGACCACCACAGAAUGUAUCUGCCCCACCACACCUUGCCCAACUGAGACCACCACAGAAUGCAUCUGCCCCACCACACCUUGCCCAACUACACCCAGUGAAGGCACGAGCUCCACCAUCACCUGGGGCCCUGACCAACCGACCCUCGUUUUCGAGAGAUCGUCGUACACUGGUUCCACGUAUGCUUUCGUUGACGAAGUGUAUUAUGUAAAAGUCAAGGACAUCGGAUAUGAUGUUAUAUAUGACUGGAGUGACGGGUAUCCAAGUAACAAGUACUUCAAUAUAAAUUCCAAGUCGGGAUGGAUUACAGUUAACCAGGACAACCUGCCACCUGAAGGCCCCCACCAACUCAAGGCCACAGCAACGAUUAAAGCCGCUCAAUCAGAGCACACUGAGACUAUUGUCAACAUCUUUGUCUUGCCAGUGCCUACCGAGGAGGUGAUUAUCUCGAACAGUCUCAUCAAUCCUACGGUGGAGGAGGGCAAGGAAGAGAAGGAGGUGGCCACCAUUAAUGUCUCGAAUUUGUCUGCGAAAGUUUGCAUCACUGCAGCUCAGCCUCUCGAAGCUCAUGAAAAUUUCAGUGUAACAAAGCAGGACGACACGACAUGGACGCUGCGGAAGACUGGCAGCCUGGACUACGAGAAAAUGCAGGAAAUAAGAAUGGUCCUUGAAGCCUUUAAGUCAGACAUUGAAUGCCCAGAAGUCAGCAAAGAAAUUCCGUCGAACCUUGAAAGGAGCCAGGUUCUGGUCCUUAUCAACGUGGACGACAUAAAUGAUGUAGCACCGUCAUUUGAUAGCAAAGAAGUUGUAGUCGCUUACCCAACCAACGAGGGCCUCCGGAGGGCGGUGGGCCCCGUUGUCAGUGUGCAGGCCAAGGACAUCGACGGCCCAGAGGUGAAAUAUUCUAUAACAGGUGACGCUGCUGAUCAGUUCAAGGUGGACGAGGACACUGGUGAUGUAUUCGUCGUGAAAGGUUUGGACUGUAACCCGAAGUGCGAAUUCAACGUAAGAGCUUCAGAUACUAUUAACAGUAACGAGAUGAAAGUCACGGUUUUACCCCUGGGCAUGGAUCACAUCUUCACCCUCAACAUGGACACGACCGUUUCUGAGGUGGAUAAACAGCUCACCCAGUUGUCCCAGAAAGUGGAAGCCCAGAUCUCAAAGCUCUAUGUCAAUCCCACACCCACCACCACCAUGAGGCGAGGGAGAAGGUACAAGCGUGAAGCCGGAGUGACCCUCGAGGUGCAAGUAUACAGCCUCAAAAAUGGGUUCCUGAUGAGCCUAAACGAAUUGAAUAGUGCCCUCGAAGAAGCUACGGCAUCCAUUAAGGCGGAGAAGUUUAUAGACGAGACAGUGUUUCAGCUGGAGCCUGAGGAUACGACGGGUCUGACGGCGGCUGUGGCGGUGCUGGGUACGCUGCUGGUACUCGUGCUCAUCGCUGGGAUUGCUUUCUUCGCGUACAAAAAGAAGAAAGGUAAAGGUCCCUCCAAGCCGCGACCCCCGGCUGCCCCCAUCAGCACCCUUGGGAAUGCCUACCACAACCACUCCUACGAGAAAGAUGGACACGACACGCAGAGGUCUUUGGGUCACAACACGAACAGUUCCCUCAACGGGUUUACGAGCGUCCAGGUUCACAACACCCAGAACGGAGACUCACCGCCCAUGCACAGGAGCCCUCUCGCCAAGCCCUCGGACUCCAUCCCCCUCAGGAGCAUCGACAAUCAACAGCAGGCAGGACUAAGAAGGACAAAUCCUGAUACAUCUGAUUAUUUCGGAUCGCCCAGUUCAGCUCUGCCAUCUUCCUUCACCCGCACCACCGCCUCCUCCUCCCCUGCUCCACCACCUUCAACUUCCUCCUCCUCCUUCCCCAUCUACGCGGAAAUCAAGAAACCUAAGGAUCCUAAGCCAAAGUCCACAGCUUUCCCCUCCUCCUCCUCCUCCUCCAGGCCUGAGAAGAACAUUUCCCGCACAGACUUUUCUUCUGAUCCGAUUGACAAAAAGCCUGACGUGCCCGCCGCUGACUACGAGGAGGUGGGCAGCAGCAAAUUUUCCGCACUCAAGAGCUCUCCUCCUCCUCGACGUUCGAAUCGUCACGAAUCUGAUGACGAUGAUGACGAGGACGUGAAGGAGUGGCAUACCCAGGGGGCAAACAUGAUUCGGAUGAGCCUGGCGAGGAGAAGAAAUCGGUGGCGUUCAAGGUGAUGGUGGAUACAAAGGAGAUUGAGGCGGAAAACAAGGGGCCAGCACAGAAGAAGGCCGAAGCGGAGAUGCUCAUGGAGGCGAACAGGAAGAAGCUAGAAGAGGAAGACGAGGAAGACAACGAGGAUGAAGAUGAAGAAGAAACUGCAAAACUAUAGAAUACCAUUUCUUGUACCGCAGCGAAAUAGGAAGCAGUUAAACGCAUUCACUGUAGUAUACUGUAUUACUCCCCGCCUUAAAUUAUGCUAUCUUAAGAAACUCCUUGUCACAAACCACAUUGUUACUACUUGAACUAGACUAUAUCCAUACAUUUCCUUUGUCCGCAAAGCAGAGGGACGCUUGCACCAGUACACGGUAACUCUCUGAAGAACUUUACAUGAUUUUAAUAGUCUUAUCAAAGCGACGAGGCAUGAUGAACAAGAUGGUCCUCGCGUACUCAUGUCGAUCUGUGUAACCUUGUGACUUGGGCAUGACAGCUACAAGGAUGUUUUAGAAGGAAUUACGAACAUCAAACUACACACACACACACACACACACACACACACACACACACCAAUAUUUUUCACUAUUUGUCUUAGGCUCAAGUAGAUUGUCUUCAGAAUAAAUCUCAAUUCUCGCUUUCCCUCAAUUCUAGAAGUAGGCGCAAAACAUUCUAGUUCAAUACUUUUUUUUUUUUCGCUUAACUUGCACCAUUCCGGUUUGUUCCUAUAACGAAUGUGUGAAUAUAAUGUAUUUGUAUAACCUAAGUAAAUCGAACUACUGCGUAUCAUUUCAUGGUGCGGAACAACAACGCAUGAUUACAUUAAGUAUCAUGGGGACAAAUGAGUUUCACUGUUUCUUAUAUAAAUAGGUUUGUGUGAUUACAUUUUAUAUUUGAAA